GGCUUUUUCCUGCAUUGAAUCGACGGUAUCUGUUGCACUCAUCAAUUUGGCGGCAAACAGUUGGAGAAACAGACCACCAAUAUACAGUGACAGGAUAUAGUUUGUCAAUGGAGUAUGACAAAAAAGAGAAUGGUUUUAUUAGUGUUCCGGCUCCUGAGUUUGGUGCAAUUUUUAUGUCAAACAUUGCAACAAAGAGAGACUGCUUUAAACAUAAGGUCUUUGGCCUUCCAUCAUCCAUGGCUAAUUUUGUUAAGGAGGUCAAAGAAGGAAUGGUCCUGUUCCUAUUUGAAUAUGAAAGGAGACAACUUUUUGGAGUGUAUCGGGCUAUCUCAGACGGUGGAAUGAACAUUGUACCCCAUGCAUUUAGGUCUUCAGGGAAGCAGUUUGCUGCGCAGGUCCAAUUUGUGCCGAUCUGGUACUGUAGUCCACUAUCUGAAAAUGAGUUCCGCGAUGCCAUUAGGGACAACUACUUUUCAGCAAGGAAGUUCCACUUUGGUCUAUCUGAUGAGCAGGUUCAUAGGCUUCUCAGGUUGUUUAGUUCAAGAAAGUUAAAGAAUAAGUUACCCCCGAGAAGUCUCACAACUGUAGUGAGCAACGGUGUUGACGAAGACCAUAUAAUGGUCAAUAACAAUUCUUCUGCAGCAAGUGGUGGUUUUGAUAUCAAACAUUCUAAUGUUGAUUUAGGGAAGGCCCUGUCGAGAGGACAUCCAAGGUCAUUCUGUGGUGUAAAAGGUGUCAACGAUGACAUGUGCCCAAUUGAGCGUAGAGUGAAGGAUGAAGAUAGAGUUGAUUCUGCUGAACAUCUCUACUAUAAUGAUAAGAAGAGAAGAAUAGGUUAUGAUGGAAGGUUAUUGAGGGAUAAUGCUGUAGAAGAUAAGCUUCUUGUUCACUCCCUCAAUGAAGAAUUAAAAUCUUCUAGAGAUGAUUGGUCCUCUUUGAAUGGCAGGGUAAAGAGUGGGCACAAAAUCCACACGAAUUAUUCUCCUGCCAUCUCCAACUACAUGGGAGAUUCUGACCUCAGAAGAACAGUUCAUGAUUCAAAUUUUGUGGUAAGAGAUCAGAUAGUAAAGGAAAAUAACAUGGACAGUAAUUAUUGUCUGGGCAGAUCAAAUGAGCACAGUGGAAAGGCUUCAGACAGUGAUAUAACUAGACUUGGUACUCAUUAUGCAGGGUUUUCAAGGAAAACUACUGUGGAUAAAGCACAUAGCAUGUAUAAUUCUCGUGAGCCUUCCCUUUCUAGGAAGAAUAAAAGUGACCCCUUUUGGAAUAUUGGAACAGUAACCGAUGAUUGGCAGAGUUCCUUUGACGAUAGAGUAGGAAAAAAGAGCAAUUUGGACCUGGAUAUUAAUUCUACAAUCGUGUCUGAACGCUUUGAUAACUCACCACAUAAUCAGAACGGAAUUCGUAAAGAUGGUAGAUUAUUCACAACAGAGAUAAGUGGAAAUGAAUCUAAGGUUCUUACAGGUAUCGGAAGAGAAUUUGAUCAUCUAGCAGCUAUUGAUGAUGAUAGUGUAUGCUUCCUUUCUAGGCGUAAAGGAGCAAAUGAAAAAUGUGUAGAUAACUUUUGUAUCCCAGCUGCUUCAAAUGGGAACUCCGCGUAUGCCGGAGAUGUAAGUAGACGGGUGGCUGAAGUUGGUAGUUAUCCAAUGAAUGAUUUUGAUGGGUUUGUCCCUGGUGCAGAAAACUUUCAGAGGCCUCUCACCGUGGCUGAUUGCACUGCUUACUCUCUAAUGAAGAACGGAACCUCAGGGUACUAUACCAAGUUUAUUGCUGAAACAGAAUUUCCUCAGUCAACAGAAGCCCAAAAUCUUGAUCACUCUUGCUCUAAAUUCCAUGAUGUAACAACUACAAGAGUCAUGCCACAUAAACAUGAGCGCCUCAGUUCUUGUUACGGACAUACCGAGACUUAUGAAGUUGAACAGGGCUCAAACUUUGUACAAAAGCAAUCUUCUUCCAAUGUUUAUAGAGAGAAUAGUUUUGCAUUGUCUAAAGGUAUAUUUUCUCCAUAUUCCUAUCCAGAAUUUACGAAGAGGGGCCUGGAAUCAGCUUCUGAAGAUGGAAAGAUGGUUCUGCUUCGAUCACAUGAUGGGUUCGACGCUCCCCCUUUAAAUGUUGGAAUUUCUGAGGCAAUGGAAUCAAAUAGGUCUGGUUCUUUUGGUUAUAGAACUGAUUUCAUUCCAAGGGGUUCUAUUGUUCCACAUUUUGCUAGGGCUGAUAUUAACGAGGGUGAUAGUUGGAGAUUUAAAUCUCAAGCUGCCCUCGGUUCUAUUGCUAGAAAUUCUUUCUCUGGUAAUUAUCAAUGUGCAGAUGAGGAACUAGGUGAUGACCAUUUUAUAUGGCAAGGGAGUGAUGCAACUCAUGUUGGAAGAAGUUCUCGUUCUCCUAAUACGAGUCGGUUACUUCAUCAAGGCAACGUUUUGACAAAUCUUGACCAGACCAACAUCCCUGGGGCAGACAUCGUUAAUGAUGAAUGCCAGAACAACAUAUUAACUGAUGUUGUCCAUUCUGAUUCCAGAAAUUCCAGAAGAAGUGUGUUUAGUCGCUUAUCUUUAGCUCCUAAAGUACGUAAGCUGAGAGAACAAGAAGCUGAUCAUAGUAUGAGCUUUAAUGAGCAUUAUAUGGAUACUACAAUUGACGAAAUCAUGGACGUUUUAUACAAGGAUCAGAAAAUUGUACCAAAAAAGCCAUUGAAUGGGAAACCAUAUAUUCGAAAAGUCGGACAUGGGGAAACUAACAGGUCCGGGAAACAUGCUGCAGUUAUCAAGAAUGAUUUAGAGCAGCCUGAUGAUUCAAUUAUGAGAGUUCUCAGAGAAAGCGCCGAUGAAGUCCUUGAAGGAAGUAUGAACCAUGUUCUCGCAGAGACCAGAGUGGUGGACUUCAAGCGCAGGAGGGAGACAAGUCGAGCUUCAGAAAAGACUAAUGCCAAACUCAACAAAGAAGAAAAGACAAAUGAUUAUGAACACACAGUCCUUCAGAAUGCACAAGAAAACAGUUCUGAAACUGCAAUAGCUAAGGAUUCAGCUGAUAAGCCAAUCAAGCGUAGAAAGCUUGUGCGUCCAGCAUUUGAUGAAAACAACUCCAAGAGUGAUUUGAAAGACCAACUUCCUUGUCAGACACUUGACAAGGUUAAAACAGGCAAUUCAGAUUCGAGCGAAAUUCAGUCCGCUCUCUAAUAUUUAAAAAUAUUGGUGAACGACAAAAGGACUACUUCAUUAGUCAUCAAGUUCUGCAACUUGCUAGCUCAAGGGGCGGUUAGCAUAGACUGAAGCUUGGUACAUGAUGAUGACGAAACUGAACAAAGCAGCAACGUUAUAGCAUACAAAAAUCAUGUAGGUUCUCCUCGAGGGUAUGACUGUUUUCAGAUCUUAUGUAAGAUUUGCACCUCGAGUUUUGCGUGAAAGUUGUAUUUUGUUAUGCAAAUGAACAAAUUCACCCUUUGUGUAAAUUUGAUAUUUGCUACAACUUACUCUUAUUUUAGUUGAUCUCGUUCUUUAUCCUAUUAAAGUCAUUUUCGUCCAAAA